AGAAAUCUAAUCUAUUGAAUGUGAAAUUAAAUUGACAAUAUUUAAUUUCAAAUUUAGCUACUUGUUGAGCAGGUUCAAGUAUAAGUUUGGCGAUGGUGUGGGUUCUUCAAACCUGGGUUACUCCUCAAUUUGCAUCCAGAGAUUUGUGAAUGUGAUGGCUCCGUACUCAUCCCAAAGACUUUUCAGGGCCAACAACUGAACGACGCCGUCUCUGACCUUCUUUGCACUUCAUCUUCCUCCUUGCAUCCUUUGCCUUCCUUGAUAGUUAAAUGUAACCAUCACUUAAAUUUUACAGUCAGUCAUCCAUGUUUUAUACUCUUUUACAAUGUCAUCCAAAAAAUCCAAAAUAUCCACCACGUGUCUUCUCAAUCAACCUCCACAACUUCCAUGGUCGCUAAUGCCUGCCUUUCCUCUGUUGGGGUCCCACUUUCUCUCCAAUCCCAGAGGAGAUCCCUUCGAAUCUUCUUCUUUCUCCUUGCUUCUCAUAUCUUCUUUCCUUUCCUUUCCCCUUACUACAAAACCAAAACCAAACAAAAGAGAAAAUAAAAUUCAUAGUAAAGGGAAAUGAGAGCUUUGAAUUCGAGAUUUGUUCUUAUUGACAUCACCAACAACGCCGCUUCAUGGCGCUACCGUCAGAGGCAUUCCCACUUCAUCACGUCCGCGCGCGGCGGAGCUCAUCAAAGACCAUAUAUGCCGCCUUUGAAGCAAUCUCAACCCUCUGUUCUCCGGACCCCACAGAUCCGUAAACCCUCCGAUCGAACUACGUCCUCCAAUGGGUCGUCGUUGGAUUGCCCGAACCCAGCUUCGACUUCCCGGGUGGAGUCAUGUACGGAGCUCGAUUUGUUCCUCGAGAUGUUGCCGUCGAGGAUGAGGAGUGAGCUUAACGGGCAUGAAGAGAUUGGGGAGUUGAUUGAGGUGGUUAUGGAUUUGGGGAGGAAACCUCUCGCUAGGUUUCCUUUGGGGGAUUGGGUUAUUUCGGAACAACCUGUUAAGCAUGAAGAUUUAAAGCAUGCAACAUCUAAGGUUGGUGACUUUUCAGAUGACAACCGUUCGGGUAUUGAUAGAUCUUUACAUCGCAUUAGUGCUAUUAGAAACCGUAAAUUGCAAAUUAUUGGCCUCACUUGCCGUGUGGGUCGAGCUGUGUCUGGAAGUGCUGAGAUUAUCCGUGACUUGAUCGAAGGAGGAGGUUCCAUCCUCGUCAUAGGUCCUCCAGGAGUUGGUAAAACAACCUUAAUCAGAGAAAUAGCUAGAAUGUUGGCAGAUGAACACAUGAAACGUGUUGUCAUUGUAGAUACAUCAAAUGAGAUUGGCGGUGAUGGAGAUGUCCCCCAUGAAGGAAUAGGGCGUGCAAGGAGAAUGCAAGUUCCAAAUGUAAAUAUGCAGCAUAAUGUUAUGAUUGAGGCAGUUGAGAACCAUAUGCCAGAAACCAUCAUAAUUGAUGAGAUUGGUACAGAGCUCGAAGCAUUAGCUGCCAGCACUAUUGCUCAACGAGGAGUUCAGUUGGUUGGCACGGCCCAUGGAAUGACCAUUGACAACAUAAUCAAGAACCCUUCUCUACAGAUCCUUGUUGGUGGCAUCGAGAGUGUAACUCUUGGUGAUGAGGAAGCAAGGAAAAGAAAAGUGCAAAAGACUAUUCUCGAAAGGAAGGGCCCAUCGACUUUUACAUGUGCUGUUGAGAUGAUAUCUAGGACUGAGUGUCGUGUUCAUCAUAGACUUGAUGCAACGGUGGAUGCUAUACUGGCUGGGAAAUCUCCUUUAUUCGAAAUCCGCCAGAUGGAGCCUGAAGCUAAUGUUCCUCUCAAGUCUACUGUAGUGCAUAAAAUUGAUCAUCUUGAAGAAUCUGACAUGCUUGUUAAUGAUGAAAAAGGUGCUGAAGUUGAUUACAGCGAGGAAGAUGAACAAUCUGACUUGCUUGUUAAAGAAGAAAAAUUUGCUGAAGUUGAUUUUAGUGAUGAAGAUGAAGAUUAUCUUCCUAAAACGAAAAGGAAACAGAGGUUUACUGGAUCUGCUAGCAGAAGGACCUUACCAAUAUUUGUUUAUACUUACAAGAUCCUAGAAGCUGAUCUCUUACAAGUAGCAACAGUAAUGGGACUUGAAGAUGAAGUAGACGUCACUGAUGACAUUGGGAUGGCUGAUGCAAUAUUAGCAUCUGCAUCUGAAAUAAAGCAGAAUCCGUGGAUUCGUGGGGUAGCAAAGUUUCACAAGUUGCCAAUGUUUGUUAUUAAGUCAAAUACCAUGGCACAAAUGGUCAAAGCAGUGCGCAUGAUUCUCGAAAGGGAAUCAUAUGCCUCAAGGUCAAGGCUUCUAGACAGAGAUUCUUCUGAUAUUGAGAUUGAAGAUGAUGCACCAAAACGAAAACCUACAUUAGAAGAGAUCGAUGCCUUAGAGGAGGUUCGUCUGGCGAUCGAGUAUAUCGUCAUUCCCGGUGGUGAACCAGUGGAGCUUCUCCCGAGACGUUCCGAAAUAAUAGCCCGUCAACUUGAGCUUGUCAAAAGCUAUCAGUUGGAUGCAGAGAACUCAGGUACUGAGCUUAACCCAAGGUUGCAAAUUCUUCCUCAUAGAUUGAACAAAAAGGUAUCAUCAAAAUCCCUGAAAGCUACAUCGAAUUUACGAAACGAAACUGGCUCAAAGCCCCUAACUGAUAGCUGCGGAGGAACAAGUGUUACUAGGCUUCCCUUCCUGCCUGAAUAACAUGAUUUCAAUCAUAUGAAUCAUUGAUUGAUACAAUGCUAAAAUUCCUGUACAGUUUAUUUGUAGGUUAUGUAUCUCACGAUGUAAUUAUUUUACAUUCUAAAAUGUGAAAUUGUAUUAUAAUUUUAAUGCCAUUUAUUAUCAUUUCUUUCUCAAUGAAAGGUACUCCUUUUACACAAGAAUAAAAA